AUGGAAGAUGGAAGCGAGCCCGUCUUUCGGUCCAACAAGAGGAGAAAGGUCCUUCGAAGGAGAGCAGAAGAUGACGAGAACCUCGAAUCAAUUUCCCCUGAAGUAAAUGGAGAUGGGGAAUUGGAGGGCCACCAUGAGCCAGCUCAAAGAGUGCAGAAGCCCUUGGCGAAGAAGCAUGGCAUAGCCUUCACCAGCCAGAGUCGCCCACAGUCUACAGAGGUGGAGAGCAACGACCAGAUUGCGAUCGUGGCGAUACACCCUAGCCGUGAUGCCAGUGUCGUACCCGGAGCCAAUCGCUUCAUCAAGCCAACUGGCAAGACCGAAGUCACAGACGAUAAGCAUAUGACGGCAUUCGUAGACUCCAAGCUGGCUGAAAUGCGAUCUGCACUCUCGACCAACGCCACAGAUGAUGAGGAUAACGACGUCGACUCUCCUGCAGCUGACGAGGAUGGACAUCUCUCGGGUGCCAAUCCCACUCAAGCCCCAACAUCAAUCGUAGCACAACAAAGACAACGCAACGGCCGCCGCAGAAAGCCACGGCAACCACGACCACGCGACCCCAAUGAUAUAGCACGGGCCAGUCUAAUCGACGACAUUAUGAAAGAGUCUUCAUCGUCUCACUACGACCGUGCAGCACCCGAGCGCACCUCUCAGCCGAAGACUGACAACGAGGACACUGCUGCCGAGGCCUUCAAAGCACAGUAUUUGCAAGAUCUCGCAGAGCGCCAUCGACGAAAGCCAGCGGCCCCUCCGCCUUUCAGCAAGCUGGCGCAAGCGAAGGCGAAUGAUCGUGCUGCUCAUGGACCGAAGCUGGGUGGGAGUCGGAGUCAGAGGGAGAGGAUGAAGGCUGCGCAGGCUGAGGCUGGGAAGGAAGGGGUGAAGAAGUGA